UCAGUCAAGUGAUGGAUUCAUAGCAGAAUACACCUCUGUUUCUCCACCAACAAUCCUGAACAAAUUCUACACGAAAAGUCAUGGAGUUUAUAGAUUGCUGACAUCAUCCCGGUUGUGUUCUUUUUUCGUAUUUUGUAUUUUAUUGAUUAUUCUGUGAAUCAUCACUUGAUUGAAAUUUUUUUUCGGAACAAUUUUGACCUUGGAAUAAAAUUCUUGUAUUGGUGUAAUUGAUCUCUUGUCUGGAGACAUUAAAUUGUGGGCUGGAUUAUAAAGUGGGAAUUUUCUAGUGCAGGAUUUUACUUUAAACAACACUUUAGAAUAUUUUCAAGUUCAAGGGGUGUGUUUUGUGAGUAGCAGAGCACAGGGAUGAGUGGGGCUCCCCAAAUGAACGGGCCCUCCAGCCCCACAGGAAAGAAAUUUAUAGAUACAAUUGAUCCAGACGAUGCGGAGUAUAGGAAAAAUUUACAACGUCCUGCUGAAGUAAAGGAGGACAUCAAACAGAUGUCGGACCGGAGUCGAGUUUCGCUGAUCCUCAAUAGUGAGGCGUUUCGCAAAGAAUUGGAAGAGAUCGUUGAUGAACAGUUGAGGCAAGGGAACGCGCCUGCCAGUCUACUGGCUCUACAACAGAUCUCAAACCUGCUACUGCCUAACCACAAGUUCUCUCAGGGUGCUGUAGGAACUGGAUCGACCCCAGUAAUUCCAGUGUCGGACAUCAAGGGUACGGAGGCAAUGAGUUACACAAAACAGGAGAAAGUGUUACGAUGUAAACUCGCCUCCUGUUACAGACUAGUAGACAAUAAUGGAUGGACACAUAGCAUUUAUAAUCACAUCACAGCAAGAAUUAGUCAAGACCAAGAACAUUUUCUAAUUAACCCAUUUGGUAUGACAUACUCAGAAAUAACAGCUUCUUCGCUGGUAAAGAUUGACUUACGAGGAGAGGUGAUAGACCCAGGGGCAACAACUCUUGGGGUGAAUCAGGCCGGUUUUACGCUUCACUCGGCAAUACAUCAGUUUCGCCCAGACAUUAAAUGUAUCAUACAUCUUCAUACUCCUUCUGUAGUGGCUGUAUCUGGUAUGAAGUGUGGAUUUUUGCCUCUAUCACAAGAGUCAUUGAUCUGUGGGGAGGUCAGUUACCAUGACUACAAUGGUAUCUUGGUAGACCCGGAAGAACGCGAGUCUCUACAGAGAAAUCUAGGACCAAUUAAUAAAGUGAUGAUAUUGCGUAACCAUGGUAUUGUAGCAUGUGGAACUUCUAUAGAGGAAGCAUACCAUUAUGCUUUUAAUGUAGUAAAUGCCUGUAAUGCACAGAUUCAAGCAAUGCCUGCUGGUGUAGAUAACUUAAUACUUGUAAGUCAAGAGAUCAAGCAGAGAACAUUCGCUACAGCAAACCAAGGUGGAGGAGGUGUCGACUCGUCCGGCAAAAAAUGGAAAAUCGGAGAGAUGGAGUUUGAAGCUCAGAUGAGACUGAUGGAUAAUGCUGGCUACAGAACUGGUUAUUCAUACAAACACCCCAACAUAAAACGUGAGUCAAGAAGAGAGAGGUCAAAUGCUGAAGUUGAAGUUCCACCAGCAUCUAGUUCAUUCACAUACGUCUUUGAUGGCGAUGUUGAACAUUCUAAAAAUAUGUCCCCUAUUAAAGCAGCAAUGGAGAGACAGAAACAGCAAUAUAAAGUGGGUUGGUUAAAUUCACCUAAUGUGUAUGUCAGACAGGAGAUGGAUGAAAUAGGAACACAGAAUCCCAAAAAAAUUACAAAGAUGGGCAUAGGCAAGUGGGUUAAAGAUGAGGCUGAAGAUGGCUCACCAAAAAGAACUAGCACACCAAUUAAAGUAGACAGCCCUAACCAAUUUGCACCACAGGGAUCCGACCCGAAAGAAUUCAAACAGAAACAAAAACAAAUAAAGAAAGAUUAUUAUGAAGAGAGAAUAAAUGCUGGACCCCAGUCUAAAAUUCUGGAAGGCAUGACAUGGGAGGAGGCAGAGAAGAUGAAGCUAGCAGAGUCAAACGGCCAUGAUGGAAGUCUGAGUGCUACAGGAGACAGUGUUAUAGUGAUUGGAGCAGCUUCCAAGGGUAUCAUACAAAGAGACCAGCAACACAAUGUACAGGUUUAUCAUACACAAUAUGCAGCCAAUCCAUUUGAGACAAUGUCAGAAGAUGAGAUAGAGAAAUACAAGUGGGAAGUGGAACACAAAGGAGGACCUGAUGGUCUACCCACUGUACAAGAGGAACAGCUUGAGCCAGGUCCAGAGGGCAAGCUUAUCUCCACGGAGGAGAGGCUGCAGCAAGUGCAACAAAAGGUUGAAGAAUCUGCGCCGACUGUAGAAUUCAGUGAGGAUGGCCGUGGCGAGGGAUACAGAGUGAACGCAAAGAACAACAGGCGUAGUGCCCGUGGCGACUCGGUGGCGUCGUACAGUGAUGCUUCCUCCGCGGCGUCGCCCCCAACAUCACCCACGUCUCCAACAGCCCAAGUUGUACGCAGAGCAAAACGACCAACGCAAAAUCGACCAAACAGACAUUCAAGGGAAACAAAUGUGGACGAAAUUCUCGCAUAUUCUGAUAAAUAUGCGGAACAUCGGAAAUCCCGAGAAACUUGUAUAGACGAUAUUAUAACAGAGCAUGAUUUAUCUGGAGACUCUAACAUUGACGAUAUUUUACCGAACAAUCGGUAUUCUCGCAUUUCAAAUGUGGAUAGUAUUGAUGACUUGCAUUCAUCGGAGGCAUCAAGCCCAGCUGCCGCUCAGUCCAACUUCCAGAGAUCCGAGUCAGCUAGGUAUCCUCCCAAAAGUCCAGAACUUAUAGACGAGUUGAAAGCGAAGAACUUUGACAGGUCAAAGUCAGAACGAAAAGUUAAAAAUAAAAAAGAGAAAGCGAUGAAUGGCGAUGAUGAUCAAAUGAGGUCACCGGCCAAGUCGGACACACUUCGGUCAACAGAUAGCGCUAGUGGUGGAGAAACCCUAGAGGAGCGUAGCAGUAAAGAGGGCUCACCAACCAAAGAGCACCCAUCACCAACUAAAGAAAAGAAAAAGAAGAAGAAAUUUAGAAUGCCAUCAUUUUCAAAAACUAAGAAAAGCAAGGAGAGCAAGGAGAGCUCAAUUUGAGUGUUUAGACAAUAAACUUUUAAUAACUAAAUGCAUAAUGCAGACAACAUAAACGCACGGUCGUGAUAGUGAAAACAUUUAUAUUGUAUAUCUCAUAAACGAUUGGACAGUCACAGGGUCGAAGGUCAGGAUUCACCAAGAUGAUUGGUCAGCUGUUCCGGGCCAAGAGGUCAUUACAUUGAAAAGAUCAAAUCACAGGAAGUGAUGUCAUGGGGAUGGGGAAUCGAAUUACAUGGCUGACAUCACUGAAACUGACAGAAAUUUCUAGAUAGGAAAAACGUUAAUUUUUUCUAAUUAAUUGACACAAUAAGGUUAUGUGUAAAAUAAUUAUUGUACAUUUUGUACAACCUGUUUUGUAAUGAUAAUGACAGAUUGAUCAUUAUUUAGCUGAUUGUGUAAUGAUAACAACUGAUCGCCCAUUAUUUAGCUGACUGUUUGAUUAGGUACAUGAUUGUGACUCGUCCAAUUUUUUCUUAUUUUUUUUGUAAUUUUUUGGGGAUUUUGGACUAUAGCAUGCAGUAGAUGCCCAGAUGUAGGUUAAUUCCUUUACUUUAUUUUUGCUUGCCCACUUGUUCAAAUUGUUUUAUUUUUCACUGUUAUGUUAAUUAUCAUUAAUUUUUAUUUUACUUCAUUGAUGUAAAUUCAUGUAUUAUCAUGAUAAUGGUGGAAAUUUGUUUUCAGUUCAUUUUGAUUUGCAUAAUUGAUCUUCCAGACUGCUUGUCGGCUUUUCCCCCAAUAAAUGUAGAAAUUUGUAAGGGUUUUAGUGCAGUAUACUAUUAUAUCUGGUGUCAUAUUGAAUCAGAUACAGUAGUUUUGCACUUCUUUCAUAUUGUAGUCACAACUUUUAAAGCAUAUUCAUAUAACAGAAAUACAUUUGUUCCUUCAUUGUUAUAGGGAUAAUUAUUAAAACGGAAAAGAAAUAAGAAAGUGUAUUGCAUUUAUUCGGAUGUAUGCAAAAGAGAAAAUGGUGUAUUAGUUUUCAAUGUUUCAAGCUUUUGAUGUGAUUAAAUAUUCAAGAAGAGGAAAGCAUUAUUCUAUUGUUAAAAAUCAUAUUAAAUGUCACUUCAUCAAAUAAAGAAAAAAAAGAAAGUUUUAACUCUUCUAUAAAAGGCGUGUAAGGACUAUAAUUAGUCAUUGUUAGCCGCAGUGCAUUCUGGGAAACAUGUCUACUCUUCUCAAUGGAGGAGGCAAAGAUACUUCCCAAGUCAAUAUGAGGUCACGUAAGGUUUACUUUGAUUUGUUGAAGGGUUGAUUCAAUUUUUUACGUGUUACACAUACUAAGGUCAAGUAAUAAUUAUACAGAAGAUUUAAAGGCCUUGGUGAUGUUGUAAUCACAUUAGUUUAAUUAAGUUCAUUCAAAUAUCAAGCCUCAUUUCUAUGAUUUUAUUUUUCGCUUUUCUAUUAUAGUAAAUGAGUUUCAUUUCAUUGAAGUGACUGGCAUCUUUUAUGCAUUUUUAUGUCUUCUAUGACAUAUUGAAUAUAGAGGUGGUACAUUUACAAGGAUUACUUCCCUUGGUAGUUAUAUGUAUAUUUUAUGUAACAGUGAUUUUAAUGCAGACACAAAUUCAUUUUCAAAUUCAGUAUGACACGACCAUUCACUACUUGAAAUUUAUCAAAUUGUAUGUUUUCUGGAAACAAAGUCUUGUGUAAGUAUUCAUACGCCUGGAAUUAUGAGUGGGAUAUUGAUAUGUAAGUGUUCUCUGCUUUUCACGAGGUGCGGCUGUGAAAUAUGGGGCUGUCUGAAUAUAGGAAUAAGUGUUUGCAAUUUUAUAUCCUGAUGAGAGACAGCAAAACUGUUCUAUAUACAUUUAUAUACAGAAUCAGAUGCUUGUUUUUUGCUUUUACUCUUUAAAAUUAUGUGAAAUGGUUAGCUCCAUAUAAAGUCAAGAUUAUAAAUAUGAUAAAAUGUAGAUAUUGUAAUUUUAUAGUGUCUUAACAUUUUUUUAUUUUUAUCCUUUUUUUCUGUUUUUACAAAUAACUGUUGUUGAAGCAUUAUUGUUAUAUGAGCGUUGCAUUUUUUCUCUGGUGUUUUGCUAGGGGUUACUUUAUUCCAAAGUUUUUUAUGUAGAAGAAGCUAUUUUCUUACAGGUUAAGGUAGUGCAUACCUAUUGUUAGAAAAUUGUGUAUAACAGAAAAGUUAAGGUACUGGCACUCUAUAUGCUGGUUAUGAAAAAAAAAAUAAGGUCAAAUGAAAGGAAGAUUGAUUUUUUUUCUAUGGGAAAUUUUAUUGAAAGGUGUCCCACUACCUUAACCUGAUAGUGCUUGAGAUAGUGCCUAUGUAAAUAAAACAUUUUUUUUUUUUUGAAAUCUGAGUACAUGAACACUUUUUUCACUAGAUCAUACAUGGUGUGUAAUAAAACUAAGAGGGCAUGUGCAUUAUAAUGUGAAGUUGUUUAAAUGUUUAGAUUCAUUGCACAAGUCAUUUUAUGUUAACAUUUCUUUCCAUGUUUUGAAGUUGUUGUGAAUUAUUACAAUGGAGUUUUUUUAUUACAAAUUUUCACAUAUCUGAAUUAAAAUGAAAAAUAUGUUGAAGGCAUUGGUCAAUUUUUUGAAUAUGUGUAAACACAAGACCUAACUGCAGUAAGAUAUAUGUUAAAGGGCAUUCUUUUUGAGUUGAGAAAAGUAAAUUAAGAAUUGUUAAAAAAAAAAAAGAGGGAAAUGGAAAAAAAAAUACGAGGGACAUGAGGCUGUGAUUUUUAAGAUAAAAUCAUCUAAGUCAUUAUUUGUUUUAUUUGUUACAGGGAAUUCUUGCACUCUAGAACUUGUCAUUUUUGUGUUUCAUUAGUUAUAUUUUUUUGUUAAAUACCAGUCUUCAAACAGUAUAUAGAUGAUAGUUUCAAUUAGUGCCAUAGUAUAUAGUAAAAAGAAUCUUCCCUACAGCAAAUAUAUGUCAGUCAAAAUAUCUUUGAAAUAAGUUACACUUGUUUUUAAAAAAUGCUGAAAUUGAUUUACACUGUUGGAUUUGUGAUCCGAAGGUGUAACUCUUAGUUUGGUUUUUAUCCGGACCUAAAUAUCUAUCUUAACAUGGUGUAGUUUAUAUCGUUAUAUUUAGAUCUACAUUUAUUUACUCAGAUCUAUAGGACUAUAUAAGGAGUUGAAAUAUUGAAAUAAACAUAUACAGUGUAUAUAAGAAAUAUUAAAUAUAAAUACAAUUUUUAAAGCCAUAGUAAUUAACGUCCCGAAGUUACAUUCAAAGCGUAAGAAAUAUUAUACUUGUGUAUUUAUUUUACUUAUGUUAUCUUAUAUAUGUGUACAUGUACUUAAAAGUGCAUAUGACAUCCCUUGUCUAUAAAGUGCAAAUCUAUGAGUCUCAAAGUAGUCAUUUUAUACUUGAUAACCGCUUGAAUAAUAUAUAUGUUUAUAUAUAUCUUGUAUGUAUAGAUGUAAUAUGUAAUGUAAAUGUAAAACAUAUAUGUUCAUUUUUUUUCACAAGUAAAAUCAUGCAUUAGUUGAAACAUUAUUUUUCUUCUUUUUUUAAUAUGUUUAAAAAUUGGACAUUCUGUAACCAUUAUUAUAAAUAGUUAAUGUAAACGCAUAUACAGGAAUACACAGUCUUAUGGGUUUAUUUAUUUAUUAUAUUAUUUUUAGAGCUGAUAAGUUAUCCCUUUCUUUUCAUUACACAAAUUAUUUAUCAUUUUACCCACAAAAAAAUGAAAUGAUAGAAAUUAUGGAAAAAAAAUUGCGACUAACGGCCAUAUUUAAAUUCCAAACAUCUGAUUGGUUCAUAUUGGAGCUCAAAUUUGAAAAUGGCCAAUCAGAGAUGUGCAUUCUCUUAGACUGCUUUCCAAUUACUAGUAUCUUGUAUUCAAAAUUUGUAUUCAAAAGUUUGAACAUUAAAAUAUUAGUGUUUACAUUUACCUUCAACAAGCACGCAGUUAAAAGCUAUUUCAGAAAUCGCAUAAAAGAACACCCAUGAAUAAUAUAUAUAUAUAUACACUGUUAACUAUUACUGUUGUAUAUUUCACUAUGUUUCCUAUAUGUACUCUAUUUUCUAUGAACCGUAUGUGUUUCAAGCUUAUAGUAAGCCUAUGUAAAUGCUGUGUCCAAUAAAAAUAAACAACAAAUUCUCAACAAAA